AUGAUAUCUCAUACAGCUCUUCUAAAUGCAUUAAAUACAUUCUUAGUGAAUCCACUUAUUGUUGGUCAACAUCAACGAUUAUCCAAUGAUGCUAUUGUAGAAUUAACUACUAUAGUUUUACAAAAUAAUAUUUUCUCUUCUAAUGGAAAAAUCUAUCGAUUUAUCAAAGGAUGUCCAUUAAAUUUAUCAUUAACAGAAUUAUUAGUGAAUAUCUAUUUGCAUAAUUGGCAAGCACCUUUAGUUAAAUAUAUUCGUCUCGAUGAUACAUUCUAUGGUCGAUAUAAUAAUGAAGGUUUUAUGAUUUGGAAUAGAUCGAUUGAACAAUUGCAGAAAAUAUUCGAUGAAUUAGAAGAAUCACUCGAUUCAAAUCUUCAAAUGACAACAUUUAUUGACAAUAAUGUUCAUUUUCUUCAAGCAUCUAUUGAAAAUCAAAAUAGUCUUUUAUAUACUCGUGUUUAUCAUGAUUCAAUAAGUCAACGAUUUUUAUUACCUUAUAUUGCUGAUCAUCCACGAUUAUUUCAUCGACAAUGGUUACGAUCUGCUCUUAUACAAGCUUGUCAAUAUUGUAAUAGAUUCGAUGAUUUUGAAGAAGAACGUCUCUAUAUUGAAUUAACAUUUUUGGCUAAUGGAUAUUCAUUCGAUUUUAUUGAAUAUCAUUUGAAACAAUUCUUUGUACAUUUUAAUCCUAAACAAUAUGAACAAUUGAAUCUCAAUCGAUCGACAUAUCAUUUAUUUCGUGAUGAAUUAUUUUGUCGUCUUGAUCAACAAAAAUGUGAUCUAGAACAAGAAGAACAAUUAUUACAAAAGAAUCGUCAAUUCAUUCAAUUAUCUUAUCUUUUUGAUUGGGGUUCACGAUGUCAAUUCAAUCAAAAAUUCUAUCAACUUUGGUUUAAAAUUCUUGAACAAGAUCCACAAUUUAAAAAACAUGGAUUGAAAAUUAAAUUGAAUACAAAACAUUGUUAUUCAUCAAAUACUCUCUUAGCUCGAUCAAUCACACAUUUUUGA